AUGAAGAACAAGAAAAAACCUCAGGAAAAGAACUGGGAAGACCUUCCAAAAAGCCGAGUUAUUAAAGUUCUGGAAAAAUCUGUUUAUCAACCAAGCUCUGCUCAAAAUGAUUAUAUUCUUCUAAAUUCGUUAGAACGUAAAUUUCGGCCAGAUUAUGAAGAACUGUUAGGACAAAAAGCAAUUCUCUUUCAUAAAAACGCUUCUAAAAACGCUCUCUCAUUAUACUUGGAAACAGAACCUCAGAAUCAGUCACCAUGGAAAGGGACGCGAAUGUACAUUCCCGGUACAUUUGUCGAGGAUAUGUCUCUCGAAUUGGAAGCAGAAAGUCGUUUUUUAUGGCUUUUAAGUAGACUGUGCAAAGAUACAAAAUCGCUCACUUCUGCGGGAAUAUUCCUUUUAUAUGAAUGCUACCCUCCAGACAAUAUGCGCGUCAACUUCUACCUUCAAAGUAAUAAAAUUUUCAAUUCAAUUCUUGACUAUCUACCGAAAAUGGCAUCAAUUUUCAAACAAAAAAUACAAAUCAUUCUCAAAACAAUCAUCCAGUGUGAUCAAAUCACUGCUGAAGCUGAUUUGCUCAAUGAGGAGACGUCUGAUUCCAGUAAACAACGGCGUCAGGAAGAUUUGAAUUUUGAACGAUUCUUCGAUUUGAGUAAAGUUUACAAAAAGAAAUACUCAGGAAUUAUUCCGAAUCAUAAAAUCGACGUGGACAGUCUCAAUUUCAAUCUGAUGCCAUAUCAAACAGAAACAGUACGAUGGAUGAUGCAUCGAGAAGCAGAAGGAACAGUUGAUGAGAAUCUCUCCUGGAUGUUCAAAUGUGAACAGCUGCCCAAUAACCCAUCAUUUUUCUAUUACCCAUGUAUAGGAGCGAUAACUAGAAACCAAUUAAGUCAAGACGAGUAUUGUGAUCUAGCCAAACGUUACACUUUGAAAGGAGGAAUUCUCUCUGAUGAAAUGGGACUUGGGAAAACUGUUCAAGUGCUUUCACUGAUUUCUUCACACAGAAGAGGAGAUACGUUGGAUACAGAAAAUAAUACAAAGAAAAAAACUAAAUCUACUCUUUCCGAUUAUAAAAUUGCGGACCAAGUUCGUAUCGCGGAGUCCAGUUUCGCAGAAAUGAACAGUGCGAAGAACAACUCAACCUUGAUCACAUAUAAUGCCAGCGAUUACAAAGAAGGAGAAACAAUAGCUUGUUCAGGAUGUGCUGAGAACUGCUCUGUAUCUAUCUGUGGAUGGGAUUUCGAAAAGUUCAAAGAUGAAGAGUUUUAUUGUCCAGACUGUAGAAAUUAUAUGCCACGAAAACCAGUGAAAACCACAUUAGUCAUAGUUCCGGAAAGUUUGAUUUUCCAAUGGUUCACAGAAAUCGCGAAGCAUUGUUCUGAUAACUUCAGAGUCAUGUUCUACUUCGGUGUAAAGAAACAUGGAUAUCUUCAAGCAUUAGAAAUUGAAAAUUACGAUGUGAUUUUGACAACUUAUGACACCCUUCGAAAAGAAUUGAUAUUUACGAAAGAUAAAGAACAAAGACGAAGUCUUCGAAAUGGUUUCAAACCACUUCAUCUCACAUCUUCCUUCAUGCAUGUCAGUUUCUGGAGGGUUAUUGUCGACGAAUCUCAAGUUAUGCCGCAAAGUAUUAAUUCUAAUUUACUGCAAAUGAUUCUAAAAAUCGAAGGUGACAAUUGGUGGUGUGUUACCGGAACUCCACUUGUCAGAACCGUCGCAGACAUGAGCCCAUUGUUUUCAUUUCUUGGAUUAUUUCCAUUCAACAAUGCUGAUUUCUUCUCUCAUUAUGUUCAUCCACAAUACCUCAGCUUUGCUCUUGAACUCCAAAAUCGAGAGCAGCAGUUAGAUGAACAGAAUCUUCCGCACAUACUUCUUCUGGAGAUCCUUGCUCGGAUUAUGAGCAGAAAAACGAAGAAAGAUGUUGAUCUACAAAUAAAUCUUCCGGAAUUGACAGAAAUUGAGAAAAAGAUUCGCUUCAGUGAAGUCGAAGAGCGACAAUAUAAAGAAGAGAAAGAACGUUUAAGAUUUGUAGUUGAGAAAGCAAUAGGAAAAGCGAUUGAUUCUGCCCACUUGGCAGACCUCUCAUGUCGGGAUAAAGUGCUACAGGAACUCCGAACUCUUCGGGAAACUGUUCUCACAGGGCAGAACAAUUCAUCUGAUUUAGGAAGUGCUGGAUUCGUUUAUGCACCCGAAACUGUGAUUUUUCGAUUAGUUAGAAACAAAAAGAUAGGAAUUGAGAAUCACGUCAGAACAUACAUGAACCAUGCUUUGGGCUUGGCUGGAGCACAGCAUUUGAUGCUUGAUCCUGUGAAUGCUCUUUCUGUGUAUGAACACUGUCUUUCUAAAUUUGCGGAAGUUGUUAGCUCAACGUGUAUGGAGGAUCAAAUCGGACCAGAAGUUAUGUUACAACUCAAAGCAAUCACUUCUUUCUCGGAUUCUCCACGUUCAAAUUUAUUUGAUGGGGACGAUGAGGUUGAUGAAGCAAAUUUGAUCGAUGAGAAGGACACGGACAAUAAAGACGAGUUGGAUAGAAUUCGGAAGAUUGCGGGAAUUGUGAGGAAUGUGAAACAAACUCUCCAUAAAUAUACGAAGAAAGUGUCGAAUCCGUCUACUUCCACUGGCAACGUAGAGAAUCAUGAAGAAAAACACAAAGAACUCACAAAUGAUUCUGAUGAUCUUCCUGGACCUUCAGAAGCUAAGAGAGCACGUUUUGACAAUGAAACCGAAAAUUCUGAUGAGAAAGACAUCGAGAUGAGUCAAGAAGCUUUGGAACCAAGUUCAAUGGAAAAAUCAGCAGAAGAAGCGAACGAUGAAUAUGAAGAACAUCAGCGACGAAAGCAUGCGAAUAAAAUGGCUCUGACAGCUCUUAAACCGAUCAGAAUGGAUGCAACACAAGAGUUUCACAUGUUUGUCAACAUGCGGAAAAUUCAAAAUUCCCUCGGAGUCCCAGAAGAAAACCGAAUUCCGUUAUCACGGGUUGAAAUGGCUGCAAAUCGUUGCAUCAAACUAGAGAAACAAGCUGCUGAAACGAUUAGUAACGUUCUUAACGAAUUGACAGAUAUCUGGGCGAAUGACGAUAAAAAUAUGAUUCAUCAAAUUCGUGAAUUUUUCGAAAUGAUGCGUGCUCAUUGUGCGAUUCGAAAAGAUACUGAAGCAAUGUAUGAACGUGGAACAGAAGUCCGAGAGGAGAUCAAAAAGGACCAUUUCCCGAAUCUUCCUUAUGUCGCUCUGUAUGACACUAACAAACUGAAACCGAACAAGAUUAAGCAUAACACGAAAAGAUGCAUGGGUAGAUGUUCGAAAUUUUACUUGGAAUGCGAAAUGUUCAUUGGACAACCAUGUUUGAAGUUGUCCGAUAUAAUCAAUAAAACAAUGAAUCAAAUUGUGAUAAUUGAUGAUCGGAGAAAAACCGAGGAUGUGAAGCUGAAAAGUUGUAUUCAAAUCGUGAUGGAAAUGAGUGACCCGAAUCUGCUUCUUGACUUGAUUGAAAAAAAAGAAGAAACGAAAACAGCAAAAGAAAAACGAAUGCUUGAAAUACUCUCAUGUGAACACAAAUUGAUAAAAGGAACACGAGAACAACAGGGACAUGUUCAGCAAUACUAUGACACUGAUCAUCCUUGCGAAAUUUGCGAUACGUGGUGCAAGUUGUCAUUGUUCUUCUUCGAUUCCGGAUUUUCAUCAUAUCAUGGGGAGAUUCGUCCGAAAUCAGGAGUUUAUGAGUUUGCCACGUUAUUGGUGAACAACUAUUCUCCGGGAAGGAAAGAAGCUCAGAUGUUUUCAAAACAUUACCUUCGUCCAUUCUUUGAGCGUAUUCAUGAUAUGUUGAAGACACUCCAAAAUACUACGGGAAUCUUUAUUGAACUUGUUGAUCGUUACAAAGAACUUUCUCAAGCUCAAACUCUUCUCACUGAUAAUCAAAUAUGUGCUUGGUUAGGUGAUCAAGAUGCAAUGGAAAUUCCAAUGGAAAUGAAACGGGAGCAAUACGCAGCGAGUCAUUCGGCUAAUCGUAAUGAUUCUCUACAAGCUAUUCAAAAAGAUGUCAAAGAACUACGGUAUUUGACGAAUCUAGUGAAAAAGCAGUUUUCAGACGAAAACGAUGAAUUUGAGGAAUGCCCUAUCUGCCAAUCUCUCAUAAACUCUUUCAUGGUUUUCACAUGCGGUCAUCGAAUUUGUCCAGAAUGUUUCGAUAGACUAAAAGUUAUCAGUCGACAUGAGCCACAUGGUUACGGAUGGACGACGGAUUCAAUACAAUGUCCAUCCUGUCGGAUCAGAAAUAGGAGCCAGCAAAUUAUGUUGGCACGAAGUGGAUAUGCCGAGAGAGAUUCUAUUAUUCCUGGUGUUGUCUUAUCGGCGAAGUUGUCCGCUGCAAUUCAGAUAAUGCGAGAAAUAUUGGAUACUGACAGUUCAAAUAAAAUAAUCGUGUUUACAAGUGUCGAGCCAUCAUCCACAACUGUCUGGAACUAUCUUCAAAAAAUAUUCAAAUUGGCAAAGCUACCGUUCUCUGCAACUUCGCGUUACAACUGUGGAAAGAAAAUUGUCGAUUUCGAAGUUUCUGAGGACGUGAAGAUCCUAUUAUGCUCUUUAUCACUUUGUGCAAAUGGUCUCAAUAUGACUGGUGCUAAUCAUAUCAUUUUCUUGGACCCACCACACCUUCAAUCAGUUCUCAAUCAAGCUAUUGGCCGUAUCAAUCGUUUCGGACAGAAACGAGCAAUGCGUGUCAUUCAUUUGGUUGUAGAAGGAAGUUUGGAUUCUGAACUGAGAGAAAUCGCAAAAAAUACAUAUCGUCAAGAAGAUGAAAAAAAAGGGUGGACAAUUGGUGAUAUUCGUGCUAUGUUUAAUAUAGACCGCGACUAA